AUGCAUUUUCGAUCGUUUUGUUUUCAUCGUUCGAUUUCUUUUGGUGCCUUUUCCUUUCCUUGUCUUUUGGAUUUGCAUAGUUUGGUUUCUAGAAAAAUUCGACUUCCGAUGUUGGGGGGUUGUCUUCCUGGAAUGUAUUUGGGUAGAGAGAUUUUUUUUGGAAUAAGGUUGGAUUAUGGAAUUGCAUGGUGUAAUAUUGAUGUUUUAUUUGUUGUGUUCUUAACCACUAAUCCGCAAUUUGUUUCGACCGGGGUGAGAUUGCAGGCCAAACACAUGGAGAUCGAGAUUAGCUGUAAAUGGCAUCUUUCGUGUGAGCGAUCUUCGAGCUCUUAUUGCCAGAGAGGUAUCAACAUUUCAUCUUCCUCCUGUCAAAUGUGUUCCAACGGUGUGGAUAUUGUGCAUCAUAGUCUCUUGGAAUGUCCUGUUGCUGUUGAUUCUCUAAUUUGGAUUUUCAAUUGGUGUGGCAUCCCCUUCCAAAGACAAGGAAUGACGUUUUGUUUAACAGAGCAUGAGUGA